CCGCCUCCUUUCAUCGGUUGGUUAUAUCAGCCAUAGAGAAAUACAUGGCAUGCUUUAAGGCGUGGUCGCCUCGACAUUGUGUCUAUAACGGGACGCUCUAUGGUCAAGUGGUCAGUAUCAUUGGUCCAGUGCUACUCUAUGGUCAAGUGGUCAGUAUCAAUGGUCCAGUGCUACCCUAUGGUCAAGUGGUCAGUAUCAUUGGUCCAGUGCUACUCUAUAGUCAAGUGGUCAGUAUCAAUGGUCCAGUGCUACUCUAUGGUCAAGUGGUCAGUAUCAUUGGUCCAGGGCUACCCUAUGGUAAAGUGGUCAGUAUCAAUGGUCCAGUCCCAGUGCUACCAUAUGGUCAAGUGGUCAGUAUCAUUGGUCCAGUGCUACUCUAUGGUCAAGUGGUCAGUAUCAAUAGUCCAGUGUUACCCUAUGGUCAAGUGGUCAGUAUCAAUGGUCCAGUGCUACUCGACGUUUUGAUCUGCUCUGUAGAAUCGGUCUUUUAUUUUCAUUUUGAGACCAUGACUCACAUGGGGGGGGGGGAGAGGGUCUAUCGUUUAACAUUAGUUUAAUCAAUUUUUGGUCACCACAUGGUACUCAGCCACAUGGUACUCAGCCACAUGGUACUCAAUCACAUAAUGACUCACAUGGGGGGGGGGAGAGGGUCUAUCGUUUAACAUUAGUUUAAUCAAUUUUUGGUCACCACAUGGUACUCAGCCACAUGGUACUCAGCCACAUGGUACUCAAUCACAUAGAACUCAGCCACAUGGUACUCAGCCACAUGGUACUCAGCCACAUGCUACUCAGCCACAUGGUGCUCAGUCUCAUGAUACUCCGUCUAAAGGUACUCAGCCACAUGGUACUCAGCCACAUGGUUCUCAGUCCCAUGGUACCCAGUCUCAUAGUACUCGGCCACAUGGUUUUCAGCCACAUGGUACUCAGCCACAUAGUACUCAGCCACAUCAUACUAAGCCUUAUGAUACUCAGCCACAUAAUACUCAGCUCUUACAUGUGGCUCCAAGAAGUUGUAGGUCCUGUACCAGCCAGCUCCUUGAAGUCCGUAUUUUGAAGCCAAAGUUCAAGCACUUGGCUAAGGGCUUAAACUGGUUAAUAUCUUCUCAUACCUUACAGCUUACAGCACACUGUCACCUAUGACAGAUUGUUUAAAAAUGUAUUGACCAGGCUGUGUCAGCACUCACACAAACAUCGAAGUAUACAAGCCGAAUGUGCUCCCUAUGCUAUGUCUGUGAAACGGGAGGUCUACCAACGCUGUGCAAGAAUGUUGGAACCACUAUUAUGCAAGUCUCGGGGAAAAUCCUAAACAUCAAAUGGCAGGACAGGAUCCAGAUCCCGAGGUACUCGCACAGGCAGGUCUCCCCAGAUUCUUGACCAUAUGAAUGCAGUCCAAGCAUCGCUGGGAGGGACAUGUGCAAAUGUCAGACACCCGCUUCCCCAAAAGGAAUAUUCUGUGGUGAGUUCGAGCAUGGAAGGCGGUUUGCUGGUGGACAGAAGAAACGCUUUAAACACACCCUUAACGCCUCACUGAAAGCGUUCGAUAAAGACAAGACACGUGGGAAGAAGUGGCAAAGGCCCGAGCCUCGUGGCGUUCCUCUGUACAAAAAGACGUCAUACCACAUGAAGACAACAGAACAGCGGCUGUAGGGACGCCAUACAACAUGAAGACAACAGAACAGCGGCUGUAGGGACGCCAUACAACAUAAAGACAACAGAACAGCGGCUGUAGGGACGCCAUACAACAUGAAGACAACAGAACAGCGGCUGUAGGGACGCCAUACAACAUGAAAACAACAGAACAGCGGCUGUAUGGACUCCAUACAACAGGAAGACAACAGAACAGCGGCUGUAGGGACUCCAUACAACAGGAAAACAACAGAACAGCGGCUGUAGAGACUCCAUACAACAUGAAGACAACAGAAAAGUGGCUGUAGGGACUCCAUACAACAUGAAGACAACAGAACAGCGGCUGUAGAGACUCCAUACAACAUGAAGACAACAGAACAGCGGCUGUAGGGACUCCAUACAACAGGAAGACAACAGAACAGCGCCUGUAGAGACUCCAUACAACAUGAAGACAACAGAACAGCGGCUGUAGAGACUCAUACAACAUGAAGACAACAGAACAGCGGCUGUAGAGACUCCAUACAACAUGAAGACAACAGAACAGCGGCUGUAGAGACUCCAUACAACAGGAAGACAACAGAACAGCGGCUGUAGAGACUCCAUACAACAUGAAGACAACAGAACAGCGGCUGUAGAGACUCCAUACAACAUGAAGACAACAGAACAGCGGCUGUAGAGACUCCAUACAACAUGAAGACAACAGAACAGCGGCUGUAGAGACGCCAUACAACAUGAAGACAACAGAACAGCGGCUGUAGAGACUCCAUACAACAUGAAGACAACAGAACAGCGGCUGUAGAGACUCCAUACAACAUGAAGACAACAGAACAGCGGCUGUAGAGACUCCAUACCACAUGAAGACAACAGAACAGCGGCUGUAGGGACGCCAUACAACAUGAAGACAACAGAACAGCGGCUGUAGAGACUCCAUACCACAUGAAGACAACAGAACAGCGGCUGUAGGGACGCCAUACAACAUGAAGACAACAGAACAGCGGCUGUAGGGACGCCAUACAACAUGAAGACAACAGAACAGCGGCUGUAGAGACGCCAUACAACAUGAAGACAACAGAACAGCGGCUGUAGGGACGCCAUACAACAUGAAGACAACAGAACAGCGGCUGUAGAGACGCCAUACAACAUGAAGACAACAGAACAGCGGCUGUAGAGACUCCAUACAACAUGAAGACAACAGAACAGCGGCUGUAGAGACUCCAUACAACAUGAAGACAACAGAACAGCGGCUGUAGAGACUCCAUACAACAUGAAGACAACAGAACAGCGGCUGUAGAGACUCCAUACAACAUGAAGACAACAGAACAGCGGCUGUAGAGACUCCAUACAACAUGAAGACAACAGAACAGCGGCUGUAGAGACUCCAUACAACAUGAAGACAACAGAACAGCGGCUGUAGAGACUCCAUACAACAUGAAGACAACAGAACAGCGGCUGUAGAGACUCCAUACAACAUGAAGACAACAGAACAGCGGCUGUAGAGACUCCAUACAACAUGAAGACAACAGAACAGCGGCUGUAGAGACUCCAUACAACAUGAAGACAACAGAACAGCGGCUGUAGAGACUCCAUACAACAUGAAGACAACAGAACAGCGGCUGUAGAGACUCCAUACAACAUGAAGACAACAGAACAGCGGCUGUAGAGACUCCAUACAACAUGAAGACAACAGAACAGCGGCUGUAGAGACUCCAUACAACAUGAAGACAACAGAACAGCGGCUGUAGAGACUCCAUACAACAUGAAGACAACAGAACAGCGGCUGUAGAGACUCCAUACAACAUGAAGACAACAGAACAGCGGCUGUAGAGACUCCAUACAACAUGAAGACAACAGAACAGCGGCUGUAGAGACUCCAUACAACAUGAAGACAACAGAACAGCGGCUGUAGAGACUCCAUACAACAUGAAGACAACAGAACAGCGGCUGUAGAGACUCCAUACAACAUGAAGACAACAAAACAGCGGCUGUAGAGACUCCAUACAACAUGAAGACAACAAAACAGCGGCUGUAGAGACUCCAUACAACAUGAAGACAACAAAACAGCGGCUGUAGAGACUCCAUACAACAUGAAGACAACAAAACAGCGGCUGUAGAGACUCCAUACAACAUGAAGACAACAAAACAGCGGCUGUAGAGACUCCAUACAACAGGAAGACAACAGAACAGCGGCUACAGAGAAUAAAAGACAUGUUGCAAAAAUCCAUGUUAACUCUGCACCAGGAGAUGUCAUAUCAAUCACUUGCCAUUACUACACAAGAACAUGUGCCAGAAUCGGUCUCAUCAGCCAUCUGUGCACCUAUAGGCAGAAUCGAUCUCAUCAGCCACCUGGGCACCCAAAGACAGAAUCGGUCUCAUCAGCCACCUGGGCACCCAAAGACAGAAUCGGUCUCAUCAGCCAUCUGGGCACCCACAGCUAUAAGGUGGUCAUGGUUGAUUUCCACUGCCGAAUUAUUUGACAUAUGUUAUAAAUUACGUUAUACUUUAAAAAAAAAAGAUUUCAACAUCUCGAAACACAUGAAGUUGUUAAGCUCAAAGUUGACCUGAAGUUUAAUCUACAGCAAUACUGAACUUAUUACUACUGAACCCAAUUGCAGAUCUCAUAAUAAAUAAUCAAAGUAGAGGAACAAAUAGAGACAUAUAAGAACCCAGGUGCCACAAUAACUAAUAAGCAGACAUGGCAUGAACCCGACCAAACUCAGUAAAAAAAAAAAGUCAAAUAAAGAUUUUUCUCUUCAAAAUUGUACAGUUUCGGCGAUGCCUAUAUAAGAUCAUAUCCCACCCACUUCAUCACAGAUACCUAAGAUCAGCUCGAUCAGGGCGAAUUCUUUCUCUUAAGUUAGGACAUAAAGAUAUUAAAAUUCUUUUGUUCCCCAGCCUGUACGAAUUGACCAGCAUGCUCCCCCAAGCGGUUACCAAAUUUAAAUGAUCACUAAUUAAGUUAUUAUUAUCUCUAAAGGAGUUCAUUGAUUGCUGAUGUAUGCGCUAGAGAAAUACUUUAGAUGUCAUGUGUUGACAUUGAUUGCUGAUGUAUGCGCUAGAGAAAUACUUUAGAUGUCAUGUGUUGACAUUGAUUGCUGAUGUAUGCGCUAGAGAAAUACUUUAGAUGUCAUGUGUUGACAUUGAUUGCUGAUGUAUGCGCUAGAGAAAUACUUUAGAUGUCAUGUGUUGACAUUGAUUGCUGAUGUAUGCGCUAGAGAACUACUUUAGAUGUCAUGUGUUGACAUUGAUUGCUGAUGUAUGCGCUAGAGAAAUACUUUAGAUGUCAUGUGUUGACAUUGAUUGCUGAUGUAUGCGCUAGAGAAAUACUUUAGAUGUCAUGUGUUGACAUUGAUUGCUGAUGUAUGCGCUAGAGAAAUACUUUAGAUGUCAUGUGUUGACAUUGAUUGCUGAUGUAUGCGCUAGAGAAAUACUUUAGAUGUCAUGUGUUGACAUUGUUAUAAUCGUAAAAUGUUGUCUCGGUUCAAAUAUGUGUCAUCUAUAAAUUGAAUACGUAGGCUACAAUGUAUUCAAAAAAUAUUUCCAUUUAUUUGUAUCAAUAAUAGUCUGAUCUUAUUACCAAACCUAAAUUAAAUACUAAACUCUAACUUAAGACUAAUCUUCAAAUUAAUACUAAACUGUAACUUAAUACUAAACUCUUCCAUUUUCAGAAACUGCGACUCCAAGAAGGAGUCUACUCCGUAUUUGUGAAAGAUUGGCUUCGGGUGUUUCCUGCUGGUCAGAUCCUGUUCUUGAGGUCAUGUUAGUGCAUGUGUAUAUGUCAUGUAUGUCCGUGCAUCUGUAUAUGUCAUGUAUGUCAGUGCAUCUGUAUAUGUCAUGUAUGUCCGUGCAUGUGUAUAUGUCAUGAAUGUCCGUGCAUCUGUAUAUGUCAUGAAUGUCCCUGCAUCUGUAUAUGUCAUGUAUGUCAGUGCAUCUGUAUAUGUCAUGAAUGUCCGUGCAUCUGUAUAUGUCAUGAAUGUCCCUGCAUCUGUAUAUGUCAUGUAUGUCAGUGCAUCUGUAUAUGUCAUGUAUGUCCGUGCAGCUGUAUAUGUCAUAUAUGUCCGUGCAUUUGUAUAUGUAAUAUAUGUCCGUGCAUGUGUAUAUGUCAUGCAUGUCCCUGCAUCUGUAUAUGAAAUGAAUGUCCCUGCAUCUGUAUAUGUCAUGUAUGUCAGUGCAUCUGUAUAUGUCAUGUAUGUCCGAAAAGCUGUUUAUGUCAUAUAUGUCCGUGCAUUUGUAUAUGUCAUAUAUGUCCGUGCAUCUGUAUUUGUCAUGUAUGUCCCUGCAUCUGCAUUUGUCAUGUAUAUCCCUGCAUCUGUAUAUGUCAUGUAUGUCCCUGCAUCUGUAUAUGUCAUAUAUAUCCGUGCAUCUCUAUAUGUCAUGUAUGUCCCAGCAUCUGUAAAUGUUGUGUAUGUAUUAAAUGGGUUAGAUCACAUAUCUUAUUUGACAAAUACUUCAUACUCGCCUCGUCCACAAACCGCUCACAUCAGAACCGUUCAAUAUUUAAUAAUUUAAACAAAGUUGUAUUCAAUGAUCAGAUUUGAGGAUUACAAGCUGGACGUCCCCAGCACAAUGAGACAAGUUUUACAGUUCCUCGAAUUGGGUAGGUAGCACUAUUCAAUGGAACCUUUUGCAGACGAGAUUUUCAAUACUGAGUGUCACGCUGGAGUGAAGCUCACAUUUCUAUAGGAAAUAUAAAAUCAUGACAAAAUAGGGAAGAGAACAACAAAAUAUGAGUUCCACCCAACAUAUUUUUGGACUAUUUUUCUGGUGUCACCAUAACGUCAUCCGAAUACAGUGCCUACACCACGUGACAGCACAUAAAUAAAUAGAAUGGCCAGAUUUUCUAGUGAAUGUUUUUAAUCCGCAGAAAUUCCCUAUGGGCCGGAUUGGUCGCAGAUGGUUGAUGAAGAUGCGUUGUACACAAGGAACAGGGGACUUAACUAU